AUGGCAGCGGGCCGGCGACUGCACGUCCAAGCUUCCACGCUAGCAUUGUUUGUACGCACAGAACACUUCAUCCGCCGCUCAAGCUUCUACCAACUCUUCAACUUCGACACCCACUCUGCGCUCGUCUGCCGCAUCAUGGCACCACCAGGACUUUCGGGCUCUGGCAGCCAGCCGUCCAAAUCUGGGCAACGCCAGCGCAAGGACGUGCCCAAAUCGAGCGCAUCCCAUCCUAGCGGCAUCACCAAGAGACAACGAAAGAACAUGAAUCGGCUUCAGAAAGCCGGCAAGCCUAUCAAAUCAGCUGAGGAGUAUCGCGCUCAACUCGAAGUAAAGCUCGCAGACCAGGAUCGAGGGAUCGCUAGGCGUCAAAAUCCGAUAGUCAAAGACAAUGUUCCAGCGGACUGUGCGCUCGAAUGUCUUCGUCGCGACAAGCCCUCCCUCUACGCAAGCAUUACCACCGGAUCUAUCCCAAUGCCCGCGAAGGACGACCCACAGAGCGCGCGGGUAAUCUGGUUCAACGACUUGAACAACAAGUUCACCUUCAACAGGCACUUCACGCAAGCUCGUAUGCUCUACGCCAUCAUCCGCUACCGCGAUUUAGAGCUUAAGCAUCCAAUCAGUCUCCUCGAACGUCAAUUCGCCGCCGCUUGCCUCGAGCAUGACCUGGGCGAGCAAGACCGCACAUGGGUUCGAGAAGGGUUCAUCGACUUAUGGCUCAACUCUCCCGACUCGGCGCUGCCCACUUUCACGCGUGCGUUUUGCAAACGCUUCAGGGGAUUCCGCAAAACGCUGUCCGAAACAUUGCCUGAAGUCCACAUGCCCGUAGCGCCGUCCUCCACCGCCAAGCCAUUGCGAGACUCGCCCAUGGAAAUUCAACAGCUGUAUGAGCCGGCGGGCGAAGAAGACGAGCUGGACAAGGAAUGGGCGUAG